GGGAAUGUGAUUGACCCACUUUUUAUUAUUAAUGGUAUCACUCUUGAGGGGCUGCACUCCACGGUGACGAAUGGUAAUUUGGAUGAGAAGGAAGUUCCCCGGGCGUUAAAGUUGCAGAAGGAGACGUUCCCGAAUGGCAUUCCUGAAUGCGGUAGCGAUGCACUCCGGUUUGGCCUUCUUUCAUAUACUCAAUCAGGAAGAAGCGUCAAUCUUGACAUUGAUCGCAUCGUCGCCUACCGCCAAUUUUGCAACAAAUUAUGGAAUGCGGUGCGGUACGUCCUCUACCACGCAUUGGGAACGGAAUACAAACCGGGCCUGACAGUGAUCGACGUUUCAAGGGCGGAGAGUUAUCCACUGGAAUGCCGUUGGAUUCUCUCCCGUCUUGAUGUGGCGGUGGAGGAAUGUACCCGCGGGUUUUCAGAGGGCUCUUAUGACUUUGCCCUUACCACUAACUCAGCCUACCGCUUCUGGUUGUAUGAGCUGUGCGAUGUCUUCCUUGAGCUGACGAAGUUUUCCAUUCAUGCUGGUGGUGAUAGAAAGCAGCUGGUGCAGGAUGUAUUAUUAUAUGUGGUGGAAGUCGCGCUACGUCUGCUUCACCCCAUGAUGCCUUUUCUCACAGAAGAGCUCUGGCAUCGCCUACCAAAUUACAAUACUUUUGAGGUGGAGAGUAUCAUGCUCGCCCCGUACCCCGCAGUGGCUGGAUGGAAGAAUGACACGGUGGAGGAGAAAAUGAGGAUUAUGAUGGAUACCGUACACAAUGUCCGUUCCACCAAAGCCUCAUAUUCUCUUACAAACAAGCACAAACCGGAUGUGUGGAUUACCGCACAAACCUCAGAGGUGAAGCAGUUGCUUAUGGAUCACAGCUACAUGGUGAUUUCCCUCGGUGUGGUGGGAAAUGUUUCCGUCAUUUCGCCGGAGGAAGUGGAAGCCAAUGUUCCAAAGGGCUGCGGGUUUUCUGUUGUGAACAAGGAGGUGGGCGUCAACAUGAUGCUCUUGGGUUUUAUUGACGUGCAGAAGGAGGUUGCGAAGCUCGACAAGCAGCUUGUAGGACUUCAAAAGCAGAUUGAAGGCCUAAAGAAAAAGAUGUCCAUUCCAAACUACGACAUGAAAGUACCUGCGGAUGUGCGGACUGCGAACAGUGAGAAGCUUGACACGCUCACGGCACAGGAGAAGCAAAUUAUAGAAGGCCUGGAAAAAAUGAGGAGCAUUCUUUAG